AUGGCUAGAUUGGUGGCAUUCCAACAGAAUCAACUGUCUUUCCCUCCUUUAGCUUCCUCUCUUUCUGAUUUCAAUGGAACAAGACUUCAAACUCACAUUCAGUUGAAAAGAAAAACAUGGCAGCCAAAAGGAUCCUUAUAUGUCUCAGCAUCAAGCACAAAGAAAAUUCUCAUCAUGGGAGGUACUAGAUUCAUUGGUGUGUUUUUGUCUAGGCAACUUGUCAAAGAAGGUCACCAGGUAACUUUAUUUACAAGAGGAAAAGCACCUAUCACUCAACAAUUGCCAGGUGAAUCAGACACUGAUUUUGCUGAUUUUUCUUCAAAGAUCUUGCAUUUGAAAGGGGACAGGAAGGACUAUGAUUUUGUAAAAUCUAGUCUCUCAGCUGAAGGAUUUGAUGUUGUUUAUGACAUAAAUGGACGAGAGGCGGAAGAAGUCGAGCCAAUACUUGAUGCUCUCCCCAAUCUAGAACAGUUCAUUUACUGUUCUUCUGCUGGUGUCUAUCUCAAAUCUGAUUUAUUACCUCACGCCGAGAUUGAUGCAGUUGACCCUAAGAGCAGACACAAGGGAAAGCUUGAAACAGAAAGCUUGUUGCAAUCAAAGGAUGUUAACUGGACAUCUAUAAGGCCAGUUUACAUUUAUGGACCUUUGAACUACAACCCUGUUGAAGAGUGGUUCUUCCACAGACUGAAAGCCGGUCGCCCGAUUCCUAUUCCCGGCUCAGGAAUACAGAUAACUCAACUUGGUCAUGUUAAAGAUUUGGCGACAGCUUUUGUGAAGGUUCUUGGAAACGAUAAGGCCAGCAAGCAGAUAUUCAACAUCUCAGGAGACAAAUAUGUCACAUUUGAUGGACUAGCAAGAGCAUGUGCUAAGGCCGGUGGGUUCCCUGAACCCGAGCUCAUUCACUACAAUCCUAAAGAUUUUGAUUUUGGGAAAAAGAAAUCGUUUCCAUUUCGCGACCAGCAUUUCUUUGCAUCAGUGGAGAAAGCAAAAAGUGUGCUUGGGUUGGAACCUGAAUACGGGCUUGUAGAAGGUCUUACAGAUUCGUAUAACCUCGACUUUGGUAGAGGAACUUUCCGCAAAGAAGCUGAUUUUUCAACAGAUGAUAUAAUUCUUGGCAAGAGUCUUGUUAGUGUAUGA